CAACGGUAUUAUAUUUUGGUAACAGAUCAAAGUUCCAUACAUGUCUCUGAAGAAAAGAUCUUGCUCGAGGCUUAGUCUCACCGAUUUGAUGGAGAAGUGGAGGAAAUGCAAGAAAGGACACUUUGCAGUGUACACCAGGGAAGGCAGGAGGUUCGUUUUGCCGUUGAAUUAUCUGAAACAUCCAAUCUUUCAGGUCUUGUUGGAGAUGGCAGAGGAAGAGUUUGGUUCCACCAUUUGUGGCCCUUUACAGGUACCUUGCGAUGGAGGUUUGAUGGAUCACAUC